CUUACCAGGAAGUGACUGUCUUAUUCUUUCUCUCUUUACUCUCGUACUGAUUAUGGUCUUUAUUCUUGGAGUGAUCAGUGCAGAACGAAGGGAAAGACUUUCUAAAAGGAUUGUAGUGAAGUUUGUUUCAGAGUCGACAGCAGAUCUUUGCUGAUUCUGAUGAUUAUUCAUUAUUGAAAGCAACAUUCAGGAAGUGAAAGUAAAGUUCAGAUCGUUGGAGCUUUUACAAACAGAGGAAAUGGAUUCACUCUCUGUGGAAGAACUUUCUUGUCCCGUGUGCUGUGAAAUCUACAAGAAUCCUGUUGUUCUGUCGUGUAGUCACAGUGUGUGUAAAGAGUGUCUUCAACAGUUCUGGAAAACCAAGAGAACUCAGGAGUGUCCCGUCUGCAGGAGAAGAUCUUCAAGAGAAGAACCUCCUUGUAAUCUGGCAUUGAAGAACUUAUGUGAGAUGUUUGUGAAGGAGAGAAAUGAGGAGGAGAUCUGCAGUUUACACCGAGAGAAACUCAAACUCUUCUGUCUGGACGAUAAACAGCCGGUGUGUUUCGUGUGCAGAGAUUCAGAGAAACACGUCAAUCAUAAAUUCAGACCCAUCAGUGAAGUUAUUCCAUCUUACAAGGAGGAACUCAAGACAGCACUGAAGUCUUUACAAGAGAAACUCAAACACACAGAAAACAUGAAAGGAGAGUUUGAUAAAUCAGUUGGACACAUCAAGACUCAAGCUGAGCACACAGAGCGUCAGAUUAAAGAGCAGUUUAAGAAGCUUCAUGAGUUUCUCCGACAUGAAGAAGAAGCUACAAUCACUGAACUGAGAGAGGAAGAGGAGCAGAAGAGUCAGAUGAUGAAGAAGAAGCUUGAGGAGAUGAACACACACAUCUCAGCUCUUUCACACACAAUCAAAGACAUGGAGGAAAUGAUGAAAGCCAAUGACGAUGUCUCAUUUCUAAAGAACUUUAAUGUGACAAUGGAAAGAGUCCAGAUCUCACAGCCGGAUCCACAGAUGACUUCUGGAGCUUUCAUUCAUGUGCCACAUUACUUAGGCAACCUGACAUUCAGAGUCUGGAAGAAGAUGCGAGACAUUGUCCACAAGACUCCUGUGAUUCUGGAUCCAAACACUGCAAAUCCACUUCUGAUCCUGUCUGAUGAUCUGACCAGUGUGAGAUACAGCAAGAACAGACAAAUAUUACCUGAUAAUCCAGAGAGAUUUGACUGUUAUUCAUGUGUUCUGGGUUCAGAGGGGUUUAACUCAGGAACACACUCCUGGGAUGUGGAGGUUAAACACAAUAAAUGCUGGAGUCUUGGAGUAACUACAGCAUCAAACAAGAGGAAGGGAUAUGUUUUCUUUAUCACUGAUGUCUGGAGUGUGGGGAACACAAGGUGUCCCUCCACUGUGUUUAAAGUCAAACAGAAACUUGAGCGUGUGAGAGUUCAUCUGGAUUAUGACGGAGGAAAAGUGUCAUUCUCUGAUCCUGUAACUAACACACAUCUACACACAUUCACACACACAUUUACACACACACUCUUGCCAUUCUUCUGGAGUAAUGAUGAUGUCACUCCUCUGAGGAUUUUACCAGUUAAAUGUUUGUAACAACAGAAAUUCUCAGUAAUAUCUGAUUCUUUUUCUUUCAGAUAUUUCAGAUGAAAUAUAUAAAUCAUAAACAACUAACAUUGAAUCAAAUCAGAUUGAGUAUUAACAUCCCACACAACUUCUUAACAACUCUUUCAUAGUUCAUAGAAAUCUGUUCAAUCUGAUCAAACUGUAGAAACUCCUCAUCCAGACUGUUUGUUUGUUUGGAUCUGUGUUGGUAAAUAACAACAGAAGGUCACAUGAUGAUGUGUUCAUCAAGACUGAAUCUUCCAGGAGACAUCAUGAAUACUCCUGUAGAGAACAUUCCUAACAUUACAGAACGAUUGCCAGUGUUAGCUGGGUUUAAUCUUAGAUAAACAGGAUCAGGGAAAUUAUACUAAUUGAACUUGUUUAUCUAGAGCAGUUUCUGCAGGUUAUGAGGCUAAAGAAGGAACUGAACAAUACCUCAAUAUUUUCUGUAAAUAUAAUGUAUAGAGAGCAUUUAUAACAACACUUCAGUCAGGCCUAGUGUUCAUCCUGAAACAACUUAACACAUGUGUGUGUCUGUGUGAGUGUGUGUGUGUGAGUAUGUGUCUGUGUGAGUGUGUGUGAGUGUGUGUCUGUGUGAGUGUGUGUCUGUGUGAGUGUGUGUGUGUGAGUAUGUGUCUGUGUGAGUGUGUGUCUGUGUGAGUGUGUGUGUGUGAGUAUGUGUCUGUGUGAGUGUGUGUGAGUGUGUGUCUGUGUGUGAGUGUGUGUGUCUGUGUGUGUGUGUCUGUGUGAGUGUGUGUCUGUGUGAGUGUGUGUCUGUGUGAGUGUGUCUGUGUGAGUGUGUGUGAGUGUGUCUGUGAGUGUGUGUGUCUGUGUGUGUGUGUGUGAGUGUGUGUGUCUGUGAGUGUGUGUGUCUGUGAGUGUGUGUGUCUGUGAGUGUGUGUGUCUGUGUGUGUCUGUGUGUGUGUGUGUCUGUGUGAGUGUGUUUUUGUGUGUGUGUGUGUGCUUGUGAAUGUGUGUGUGAGUGUGUGUGUGUCUGUGUGAGUGUGUUUUUGUGUGUGUGUGCUUGUGAAUGUGUGUGUGAGUGUGUGUGUUUUUGUGUGUGUGUGCUUGUGAAUGUGUGUGUGUGUCUGUGUGAGUGUGUGUGCUUGUGAAUGUGUGUGUGUGUGUCUGUGUGAGUGUGUUUUUGUGUGUGUGUGCUUGUGAAUGUCUGUGUGUGUAAUAAUUGUUCAUGAGUCUCUGUCCUGAGCAGUGAAGAAUCCCUCAUCUACUCUACAGUUAUUUGGUUUCUCAGCAUCUUCUGCACAUUUGAGGUCUUCAGUGGCUAUAUGAUGAGAUUCAGCUUUUGACACUUGGGACGACUGAGGGACUCGUACACAACUAUUACCAAACAUGUCAACAUUCACUGAUGCUCAAGACGACAACACAGGAACAUCCAAGAGGUGCAAACUGUUCAACAGGAUGAUUUGUGUGUAUUAGAGAACUUUUUGUGUUCUGGAUCUUUUGAAGGGCUGAACUACAUCAAAUAUCAUAUUUAAUCUCUUAUACAUUAUUUUAUAUAUUCUGAAAGGGGUGUGUAAACUUCUGCACUAUAUAGUUUAUGAACAUUUAUAUUUGUUUAGAUUUAUUUAUUUUCAAGAUUUAAGCACAUUUGAGCUUUUUUAAUGUAGAUUGCAUGUAGUCAAUCUAUCCAUAUGAUGUCAUAUUACAUGUGUAAUUAUGAAAUGACUUGUCAUGUGAGCUACACAUUUGAACAACACAUUCACACACACACACACACACACACACACAUCUCAACAUAUAAGUGCUUGAAGUCAAAAGUUCAGUGUAUCUGUCUGAAUGUGACAUUGUGUGAUUCAUCUCGAGCUCGUGAGGAAAUAAACAUUAACAGUGACAGAAAAAUACUCGCUUACAUAUUCACCAAGAAAUCAAUCCGCUUCUUUCAGCUCGUUGUUAAACUCAUUUUUAUUGGUAUUUUUAUUUAUUUUUUAUUUUGCAAUCUAAAAAUGACAAAUCCAAGAAAAGAACAAUGAUGGAUUCAUGCAUGACCCCAUAAAACAGUUACAUGCAAUAGAGUUUAAAUAUAAAUCAAUAACUUGAAAAUAAUAAAGGAGUUUUGCUAUGAAGGUAAUAUUCGCCAAGAUAAAGUAAUACAUUAUAAAAUUAAAAUGAGAAGAGUGUAAAUUCAGAGAUUCACCCAAAACAUUUAAAGAUGUUUACCCAAAAUACUGCAAUAAUUACACCCCCAAAACAAAUGAAUAAUUGUUUCUUCAAACUGAUGGCAGGAGCAGCACAUGGGCAAAUACUAUUAUUGAAUUUAGAGAGUUUAUGAUUUACUGGGGAGCAAUUAAGUAUCAUUUUAAGAGACUUCAACAACUUUAUUGGAUAACCAAACAUGUCGUAGGAGCCAGAAAUCUUCCCAUUCUAUAGUUACACAUGAAAUAUAACAUUAACUUGAUUUAGUCUUUUAUUCCUCUUGUGCAGAACUCACAAUGCACACAUUUAAGAGUAGUUUUCAGUGUUUAUGUGCUCAAACUGUACAACAAACAAUUCACAAUUAAUAUCAAGUAUUGUACCAAAUAAAUGUAUCCAAAUUAUAACAUCAGCUUUUAGAUGGUGAACACUAAAAUAUAAAAUGCAAAAUAUCACAUUUUUGCAUGAAACAUUAUCACAAAUGUGAUACAACCAUCAAAAGUCUUACAAAAACUUAUUUAAACUUUGUUUUCCAACCAAAUGCAACAUAUAUUGAAAGAAUAUUGAACAGGUAAUAUAAAACAUGUGUACACAAACAUCAAAACACAAGUAAAUAACAUUAGGCCAAUGUAUAUAUCAAUACAACACGAACCAUCAAUAUACUUAACAACAAAACUAUUACUCGCCACGCUGGGAAUACAUCGUUUUAAAUGAGAGGUUCAUCAGGUAUUGGUACAGACUUUCAGCCAGCAGCACAAGAACAACAUGGUUCCCUUCCUCAGUCUUUUCCUAUCGAUCACAUGAGCCCCAAAUCAACGUCCUUAAGGGGCAGCACCCCACAUCAUUAAACGUAUUAUUCCAGAAGCUCACACAAGCAGGUGGAGAAAUCGGACACCUGUGAAGAAUUAAACGAAUGUUUGUUACUGAAAGUACAUCGGUCAACAAAUAG